UUGUUUCGAGGAGUUCUCUUUCUUUUCUUUCCAAGUUUUCCAUGGAUAUGAAACGAAUGAUCAUGAUCUCCCAGUGACGGUGUCUGUGUCCGUGUGUAACCCCUUUCCCUCCACUGUCCACUCCUCACGGAAGCUACCCGCCGUUCCGGUACCAGUGUAGGGAGAUGGGUUUGUGGACACUACUAGAGGGGUUCUUGCUCCUUGCAAAUGCACUGGCAAUAAUAAAUGAGGACCGGUUUCUUGCACCGAGAGGGUGGGGCUUCUCAGAUUUCUCAGUUAGGAGGACAAAGUCCUUGAAAGGCCAGAUUAUAGGUCUCAUUCAUGCAAGUCAGUACUUGAGAGUUCCUCUCAUACUUCUCAACACCAUCUUCAUUAUUGUAAAGUUUCUGUCUGGAUGAUGAUGAUGAUGAUAAGCAAGUUGCGAUUAUGGCUGAUCCAAACAUUAUAUAUAUAUAUAUAUAUAUAUAUUUGGGGUUUAAUUUGUUGAGUUUAAAUGCUAUGCUCUGUACAUGUGUGUCAUCCGAUUAGAUGCUUGUGUUUCUAAGACUCAAGAUAGUGGUUGAGUUAAACAUUUCAUCUUAUGCUCACUCUUAAGAUCAAACCUGCUUUCUGAAAAUUAUUUUUUUGUAAAGCCCCCAACUAACAGGGAAAGACUUGAUUGAUGUUACAAUUUUUCUAUAUGUUAUGUAAUACAUUCGUGUACACUUUAAACAAAGUUUAAUUUGCAGUUUCAGUGAUUAUUUCUUUUA